AGAAAGAGAGAGAGAGAGAGAGAGAGAGAGAAAAAAAAAACACCCAACCCACAAAGGGCAACCCCACACAGGGAAGGACAUGUAACCAGAGGAAAACCACAGCCAUGCAAGGCGGCGGCUGCUUCUAAAUAUGCCUGUGAUUGGUGCAAACAUAUCCAUCACACCAAAGACUACGUGGACACGAGCGACAGCAGAAGCAAGCUUCAGUUCUGUAGCAUGAAAUGUACCAACCAGUACAAAAUGGAUCGUUUUUACAAAGAUGCUCAGUCUAACCUGUCCAUGGAUGUCACUGAUGCCCCUUCUCCGACAAUGACAAACAACAAGUUAGAAAACGGAGUGACUCAGUUGAUUACCGCAGAGGCAUGGAACAUCAACCCUUCAGGCCUCAUGAAAAAAGCACUUUCCCCCUUGGUGGCUGUACCUGCCUCGACUAUAAUGGCUCCCCAAACAGACCCACCAAGUGGAGUGUCACUUAAAGUGGCAGCAACAGUCUUGCAACCCAUCUGUUUAGGAGAUAGUCCGAUGGUGCUUCCUAUCCACUUGCAAGUGGCUGGGAGUUCAACACCCCAGAUGGCCCCUGGCAGUAAUACACCAUGGGUAAUGACCAAUCAGGGUGCUGUACCACUCUCGUUGCUGUUGGAGCAGCAUUUCAUUCAGCAUUUGAAUUCACCCUUGCUGCUGGCUUCACCUACCCCGAGUCCUGUCAACUCUGUGCAGAGUCACGUUAUCCCUGGCAUCACUGGCUCUUGCUCUCAGGGUCCCACACUGGCACAGAAACCUUCAAGUCAAAAUCAGGAGUGUGAAUUCCCACAUUCGUUGCAGAUUCCUGGUUUUACUGCUGUUCUCCAGGAUCUUUUCCCUUCACAUAACACAGUCCCACCACCAGCACCACCGGCAGCAGCAGCUCAUGUCCAGCCAGGGCCGGAGAGUAUGGCUGCCAAUUUCACCUCUUUCCCACAUCCCAACUUUGCUGGACUGUUUUCCCCGUUAGUUCCUCCUGCCACACUCCUCGUUCCAUACCCAGUGAUAGUUCCUCUUCCGGUACCGAUACCUAUUCCCAUCCCGAUUCCCAUUCCUAUGGAACAGGAUUCAGAUCUCAACAAGUUCACAGACGGCCACAAAAGAGCCAACUUCAGCAGCAGUACCAUGAGCAAAAGCACUCAGACAUCAUGUGAGAAAGAAGAGUUUAAAACAUCAGAGUGCAGCCAGCAUAGAUCUUUACAAGAUUAUCAGCACGCAGUCUACAAACUGAACGCUGAGAACGAAGCACUUGAUCUUUCCAUAAAGCGAGCAUCUGUAGUGAAGAAGAAUGAAUUUGUCUACCAACAGAUAGAACAGGAUGGCGUGCUGGAUCUAUCGAUCCCAAUCCCUAAGAAACCAAAAGAAGGUCAGGGCACUACAGCCUUGAAAUCAUUGCGUGAAGCCCUACCACAUAUUAGUCAGCCCUGUUCCAACCCUCUACCGCCCAUUGGCACACAGAAGAUAGAGAGCAUGAUGCACGGCAUGUCUGACAACUGUGAGUUUACCAGCCAGCACAAGUGGGUGAUUGAUCAGAACUACAGUAGGUUGAGAGACGACUCACGACUUGGCAGCCACACUGAAAGUGUGAGCGGCACAGACACCACAAAGGUCAUUGUAUCUGUCAAGGAUGCUGGCCCAGCCAUUCUUUGUGGCAAAAUAAAAACUGUUGUCGGAGUCUCUACAAAGAACUUCUCUUACAAGACAGAUCUGUCCCAGGAAUCUGUUUUACAGUGUUACGACGUGAAAUCGCAACUUGAGCUCAGAGACAGCAGUGGGAUUGCUAAGAAAGCUAAUAAAAACCGAGGCAUAAAAUUAAAGAAAAUGAGCUCACAGGAUUUACAUGUACUUCCAAUAAAAAAACAGCGCUUAGCAGCCUUUUUUGCAAGGAAGUAAGGUAUGUGACCAUUUUACAGAACUUAAGUCGGUUUAAUGAAGGAGAACCCAACGAAAGCUCUGGAUCACAGGUUAGCUUGAUGCGUCUGUUAUGGGAUUAUUUCUUGCAGUUCUGACAUUUUAUUGAAUAUUUAUUUAAUGUGAUAGUUUUGCCUUUUAAUUGUAUUGGCGGCUUGCUUUGGAACUAACCUGAAUCACUUCCCCUGUACAUUAGAAUGGAGAUAUGUUUUUAGUAAAACAAUCAAUGGUUAUUAAUGUGCCCUUUUAGACAGCAACACCUUUUUGACAUCGAAGAGUUCCGGUUGCAAGAUGUACAGUUUCUUGUCUUCAGAUGUUUCCUGGUCACCCUCCAUCUCUGCAAGCACUGGUUGUCUCUUCAGUCUGGUUCAACGUCUUUCAGAGGAACAAGCUAGAUCACUUCAUUGGAAACUCUUACCCUUCAGAGCCAAUCGCUGGAUGCUUUACACUGAAAUAACUGCAAUUCAAAUCAUUUUGUAAUGUUGCGAUCAUAACAUUUAACAUGGUUUUCACUAGUUUUAAAUUCAAGGACCCUGUUCCUGGAAAUUCUGUUGUUAAUGUAAAAUGUCCAGUCUCAAACAAUGUGGGCCUAAAAUAUAACUGGGUUCUGGCCUUAAGACUAAUGUCUUAAAAUUUCAGAUUGUGCAGAAUUUUAAUAACUUCUUAAAUUUCACCUUAAUUUGGAAAAUAAAUGUUUUUGUGCAGUUCGCUUUAAGAUUGUUCAAUAACUGCAGAAAUCCGGUUCCAAAUGAAGAAUUUUUUUAAUGAAUUUUCCAAAAUUGUGUAUAAUCUUAAAUUUCUCAAUGAUA